ACAGAGGGGAUGAUGGGAGCUGACGACAGCUCGGUGGGGACGAACCCCGAAAACAGGACUGACCUCUGAACCCGAGACACACGCUGAACACGGUGUCAUGGACGAUGUGGAUCCAUCUCCUCUGCGGCGUUUUGUGGUAGCGAAACAUUCGAUCACCUCCAUCUUUGAUCAGCUGCUGGACUUUGUGAAGGAUGGCUCCGCCUUUGUGGACGAGGCGUGGCGUGGCGAUGACCUGGGUCAGGUGGCGGUGGAGGAGCAGAGUCUGGAGCUGCAGAGCUGUGCCACCAAACUGUGGACCAUCAGGGAGGUUCUGCUCAGGAGACACAUGAAGGUGGCGUUCUUCGGCAGGACGAGUAACGGGAAGAGUACAGUGAUCAACGCCAUGCUCAGAGACCGAGUGUUGCCCAGCGGCAUCGGUCACACCACCAACUGUUUCCUGAGGGUCGAGGGAACUGACGGAGACGAGGCUUACCUCACCACCGAGGCGUCCAAUGAGAGGAGGAGCGUCAGCACGGUGAACCAGCUGGCUCAUGCCCUCCACAUGGAUCCCACUCUGGACUCCGGCAGCCUGGUGAAGGUCAUGUGGCCUAAAAGUCGCUGCGCUCUGCUGAGAGACGACCUGGUGCUGAUGGACAGCCCUGGUACUGAUGUCACUUUGGAGUUGGACAGCUGGAUCGAUAAGUUCUGUUUGGACGCUGACGUCUUUGUUCUGGUGGGAAAUGCUGAGUCGACGCUCAUGAACACGGAGAAACUUUUCUUCCACAAAGUCAGUGAGAGAAUCUCCAAACCAAAUAUCUUCAUUCUCCACAACAGAUGGGACGCCUCAGUGAGUGAACCAGAAUACAUCGAGGAGGUGAGGAAGCAGCACCUGGACCGCUGUGUGAGUUUCCUGGCGGAGGAGCUGAAGGUGGUCGGUCUGGACGAGGCUCCGGGGAGGAUCUUCUUCGUCUCGGCCAAAGAGGUCCUGAACUCCAGGAUGCAGCGAGCGCAGGGCAUGCCUGAGACAGGUGGCGCUCUGGCUGAAGGUUUCCAGGACAGGCUGAGAGAGUUCCAGAUGUUCGAGAGGACGUUUGAGGAGUUCAUCUCUCAGUCUGCAGUGAAGACCAAGUUUGAGCAGCACACAGUGAGAGCUUGGCAGAUCACUGAGGCCAUCAAAGCUGUGAUGGACGCCAUCAACAUUGCCUCUGCGGACAGGAAGAUCUGCUGCCUGGAGGAGCGCGAGGAGCAGAGGGACCGGCUGGACUUUGUCCGAGGACAGAUUAACCGUCUGACCGACAACGUCAAAGAGAGGAUCAAGACUCUGACUGAUGAUGUCACUGCCAAGGUGGCCACGGCGCUGUCCGACCAGAUCCGCUCACUUCCUGUUCUGGUGGAGGAGUUCAGAGCCGACUUCAACCCCACACAGGAAACUCUGGAGCUCUACAAGACUAAGCUGCUGCAGCACGUGGAGGAGAGGAUGGUCGGCAGUUUGUCUCACCGCUGCUCCGUCAACAUCCUCAAAGACAUCAGAGACGCUCAGAGAUUCAUGAUCGACAGCGUCCGUCCUCUGCUGUCUCUGCCUGUCCACGAUCAGCUCUCCGCUCCCUCCACGUCCUUCGACCUGACGUACGACCUCGGCCUCGUCGCCCUCUGUGCAGAUUUUCGUGAAAACAUUGAGUUCCAGUUUUCUCUGGGCUGGACCGCCCUCGUCACCCGCUUCAUCGGAGCCACCAACGCCAAGCGAGCACUGAGCGGCUCCGACCCGCGACUGCAGGAAGGCGCCAACUUUAAGGAUGAGAUGGUGGUUUCCAUAGCGACAGGUCUGGUCUCCGUCACCUCCCGGGCGUCCAUGACGGUGCUGAUCAUCGGAGGAGUGGUGUGGCGUUCGGUGGGCUGGCGUGUCAUCGCUCUGUCACUGUCUCUGUACGGUCUCCUCUACCUGUACGAGAAACUCACCUGGACCGACGCCAGCAGAGAGCGCGCUCUGAAGCGGCAGUUUGUGGAGCACACCGCCCACCGCCUGAGGGCUGUCAUCCCCGUCACCAGCUCCGCCUGCAGCCAGCAGGUGUAUAAGGAGCUGUCGUCCACCUUCAGCCGUCUGACGCAGAGAGUGGACCUCAGUGAAGCUGAACUGGAGGGAAACAUCCGUCAGCUGAGCUUCAGGAUCCAGAGACUUGAGAACAUCCAGAGGAGGUCCAAGGCCUUCAGGAACAGAGCGACGGAGCUGGAGACUCAGCUGGAGCUCUUCUCUGUUCAGUACCUGCAGGGAAACUGAAGUACAGCUGAGAGCUGCAGCGCCUCCUGCUGACAGACCUCCACACUGUUCACGUGUCACACUGUGACUCUGAUCUCCAAACUGUCUCCUCUCACUCCUCCUUCCUCCGCCUCUGCUCAGGACGAGUCGUGAACGCAGGGCGCCGCGCAGCGAAGUGACCGACUGCACUGCUGAACUCUGAGCUUUUGUUCUGUUAUUACAGAUAUUAGGUUUUAUUAUUUCAGGAGGUGGGAGGACAUGAGUCACGUGACUUGAGGACUUGAGACUUGCUUGACUAACACUGAUGAAAGACUUGACUUAACUUUGACUCUGUAACCAAGACUUGAUUUUGACUUGAGACAGACGACUUGAAAUUAUUUGACUUUUUUUAAUUCAAUAUUUAUAUUUUUCUAGAUGUUGAGAAGUUUUGUUUUUACAUUAAGAUGUUCGCAGCUGGGGAGGACCCACCGGCUUACAUUUGUACUCACACCACCACAGCUCUGUGCUCCUCCUCCACAGCUCUGUGCUCCUCUUUCACAGCUCUGUGCUCCUCCUUCAC